UUAAAAAAAAAAACAAAAGUUAGGUUAGGAUUGGGGGUCUUGUGGAUUGUUUGUUAUUAAAAUGUCUAUAUUAUUUAAGAAAUUUGCACAAUCCAGUGUUAAAAAUGUAAUAUUAAAGAACAGCGACGUUCAGUUCCUCAUUUAUUCAAGGAAAUUAAGUUUCGUGCCAUCAUUAUACGAUGGCGAUAAAGAUCCUGCGCCGAAGUUCUUCUCCCCUGACAUUCAAGUUUUACUGAAAAGGCUAACAAGGCCGGACUUGGCAAAAGUUUUCCGCAAAAGAACCAACAGUGGAUUACCCGUGCUUCGCACUCCCAAAUAUAAAUUCUUAACGUCCGAGGAGUUAGAACAAGAGGUCGCUAAAGCAAAUGAGAGAGCCGACCAACUUCUACAGAUGCCUCCUGUUGUUAAGAUACAACAACACAUCCAAGAUGUUCUAUCACAGGAUCCUGCUUUAAUUGGCUAUGACACAUCCAAAUACAUAUUCACAGAUAUCAGUUUUGGUGUUGCAAAUGAACACAGAAUUAUUGUGGAACGAUUACCUGAUGGCACUCUUCAAAGUUGUGACCAUGACAUCAGAAAAAGGUUGAACCAGAUAUACUUCCCCAUUAACGGCCGAUCCAUAAGGGAGCCUCUCAUGUUCACGGACGAGGACAAGUUCAACAGCGUCCUUGACAGAGAACAGUAUGAAUUCAUCCUGGACCGAGCGUGCAUACAGUACGAGCCGGACGAGCCGUCUUACCAACGGGUCACCAGUCUUACUUACCAGCAUGUGGAUGCUAAGAGCAGAUAUGAGUUGUUGAGGUCUACUCGCCACUUCGGGCCUCUGGUGUUCUACUUAACCUGGCAUCGGAGCAUAGAUAGCCUAAUGCUGGAGCUGCUGCAGACCGGCGCCGUGCGAGAGGCCGCGUUGCUAAUCGCUACGAGACAGGCUAUACAUGGCGACAUUGCUGAUGGACAUGUGGCUACCAAACUUGUGCAACAGAUCCUGCCCACACCCAUCCAACUAACCAAACCCGAUCGCCUCACAGAAGAAGACAUCCAGCUAGACAGCAGCUGCGUCGACUGCGUCCAGAAGUACAUAACCUCAAACUCCUUAAUGAAGAGCCAGCAAGAGCUGGCUCUUCAGGGAUUCAGGGAGCACUAUCAACAGCUGGUUAAGCUCAGUCGCGGAAUCAAAGUGGCACACGGAACUGCUUGAAUGUAGAUGUAUAGUAUAGUAUAAUAAAUGUAUACUUAGUU